AUCAGAUGCUUUCUCCUUAGAAAUGCCGGAGCCAACAAUUCAAGUUCUUUUAUUGUUACUCCUUUUAGUACUUCUGUUACUUCACUCUGCUUCUUCUUCUGCUGAAGAUUUCAGAUUCACCCUUGAAAAUGAAGAUGGAGAUGUUGAAGGAGGAUACCUUGAAGAUGGUAAAGGGCUUAGCAAUUGGGAUGUUUUUAGUCGUAUUCCAGGAAAGAUUAAAAAUGGUGAUACUGGAGAUGUGGCAGAUGAUCAUUACCAUCUUUUCAUGGAAGACAUCAAUCUCUUGCAUUCUCUUGGGGUAAAUGCCUAUCGAUUCUCCAUUUCAUGGUUCAGAAUUCUUCCUAGAGGAAGAUUUGGUGAAGUUAAUCCUACUGGAAUCAAGUUCUAUAACAAUAUCAUAGAUAAUCUCUUGCUCAGGAGAAUUGAGCCUUUCGUGACAAUAUACCAUCAUGAUUUUCCACAAGAACUGGAAGACAGAUAUGGGUCUUGGCUCAGUCCUGUAAAGCAGUGAUCUCCCCUCUCAUUUUGAAAUUUCUCCAUACGUCAUCCUACUGCUUUCAGGAAGAUUAUGUCCAUUUUGCUGAAACUUGUUUUGAGAGCUUUGGUGACCGGAUAGAGUACUGGACAACAUGCACUUAAUGAACUUAAUCUGCUAAC